AUGUCAUUUGGCAGUGACCACAUGCUGGCCAAGGUGAGCAUGCCAAUUUUUCCGAUUUCUUUGUCGGUUCUGACAUGCUCCAUUUAUCAUCCUAAUGUACGCCGGCAGGUACCAUAUAUGCGGCUCUUAUCAAUAAUUCAUCGUGUUCCCUGUUUAUGCAAAAUAUAAAUAUAUAUAUAUAUAUAUAUAUAUAAACACAUCAAGAUAUGCACAUGAUUAUUUCCGACAUCAAGCACCGGACGCAAUCGCGCAUCAUUUUACAAAAUAAUGACACGGUUCUUAAAUCCAAAUGAUAUAUGAUUUUUUUUAAUUACGCUUUGACGAGUGACCCUAAUGUUCAUAUAUAAAUUACCUGGAAAUGAAAUCUCACGACUUAAAAAAGCAUACAACCCAAGCUCUGGUUGUAUUUUUACACGUUGGUCUGGAUAUUGUUUGCCUGUUGUAGUCAAGAGCAUAUGGGUUACAGAAUAUAAAAGAACAAUGUUUGCAUUUUAAUUCGAGACCCUACUUGGUUUUUUAGGAUUACUUUUACUCUAGUAACCGUGUUGACGAAGCCAUCGAAGCAUGCGAAGAAAUAUUCGGUUCCCCAAGCGGAGGAAGACGGGUGCCGUUCGCCAUGGUUGAACAAUGCCUCUUCGACCAACUAAAUAAGAUGGCUAAAGAAAAAGACGGCGUCGAGCUUGUCUUCCCGCGCCCGCUUGAGUAA